UCUUGCUUGGAGCUCAGACAACAAAGGCAUAGAGAGAUUGGUUUUCUUUCUCUCAGCAUCUCCACCCAACCAGCAGAAAACCGGUCUCUGAGGUUCCACCAAAAUAUGGAACUUGAUUUUGGACACUUUGACGAAAGAGAUAAAGCAUCCAGGAACAUGCGAGGCUCACGGAUGAAUGGGCUGCCUAGUCCCACUCACAGCGCCCACUGUAGCUUCUACAGAACCAGAACCUUGCAGGCCCUGAGCAAUGAGAAGAAGGCCAAGAAGGUACGUUUCUACCGCAAUGGGGACCGCUACUUCAAGGGGAUUGUGUACGCUGUGUCCUCUGACCGUUUUCGCAGCUUCGAUGCUUUGCUGGCUGACCUGACUCGAUCUCUGUCUGACAACAUCAACCUGCCUCAGGGAGUGCGUUACAUUUACACCAUUGAUGGAUCCAGGAAGGUCGGAAGCAUGGAUGAGCUAGAGGAAGGGGAAAGCUAUGUCUGUUCCUCAGACAACUUCUUUAAAAAGGUGGAGUACACCAAGAAUGUCAAUCCCAACUGGUCUGUCAAUGUAAAGACAUCUGCCAAUAUGAAAGCUCCCCAGUCCCUGGCUAGCAGCAACAGUGCCCAGGCCAGAGAGAAUAAGGACUUUGUGCGUCCCAAGCUGGUGACCAUCAUCCGCAGUGGAGUGAAGCCUCGGAAGGCCGUGCGUGUGCUUCUGAAUAAGAAGACGGCUCACUCUUUUGAGCAAGUCCUCACUGAUAUCACUGAAGCCAUCAAACUAGAGACAGGGGUAGUCAAAAAACUCUACACUCUGGAUGGAAAACAGGUAACCUGUCUCCAUGAUUUCUUUGGUGAUGAUGAUGUGUUUAUUGCCUGUGGUCCUGAAAAAUUUCGCUAUGCUCAAGAUGACUUUUCUCUGGAUGAAAAUGAAUGCCGAGUCAUGAAGGGUAACCCAUCAGCCACAGCUGGCCCAAAGGCAUCCCCAACACCUCAGAAAAAUUCAGCCAAGAGUCCUGGCCCUAUGCGCAGAAGCAAGUCUCCAGCUGACUCAGGUAACGACCAAGACGCAAACGGAACCUCCAGCAGCCAGCUCUCUACCCCCAAGUCUAAGCAGUCUCCCAUCUCUACGCCCACCAGUCCUGGCAGCCUCCGGAAGCACAAGGAUCUGUACCUGCCUCUGUCCUUGGAUGAUUCAGACUCACUUGGUGAUUCCAUGUGAAGGGGGAGAGUAUUCAGUCCAGAGUAUAAACCCAAGCCUACCGUGACAGUACGGUACUUUUGCUCAAGUGUUCAACAGGGCUAUUGGUGCUUUCAAAUUUUUAUUUGUUUUUGUUAUUUUUCAAAACACACUGUAGUAUGUUGGGUUUAUUUUCCUGUGAUUUCUCCGCUGGGCCACUGAUCCACAGUUAUGAAUUAAGAGAGAUAGAUUGAUAACCAUCCUUUGCGGUAUCUUUCCAGGGAUGCAAAAUGUGCUAGUCCAUGACUUUUCUACUGAAUGAUCAGACACCUUCAUUGUCUUACUUUGCUCAUACACUGUAGCCUUCCUUCUGUUGAGGGCUGUUUACCUGCACAGCAUUUAAAGUGUUUGUAAGGGGGAAAAAACUCAUUGCCAGAUCCAAGAGUGGCAAACACAAGUGCCCCUUGUCUCUGGAACUUAAAAUUGCUGGAGGAUCCCAGGAGGAUGUCAUGGUAGCUCCCCAGCCUUGCUCUUCACUCCUGAUUGAGCCCCAAUUUGGUGUCUAGCACCAACUCUGGCUGUCAAAGGGGAGAAACACCAGCAACUUAAGAUUGUGACACCAGAUGCUUAGAACUGUGGCGUAGGGUUAGCCAAAAGAGGUGAGGCAGAAUUGGGAAAUUCAGAUAUUUCAGUAGAGUUUGUAAAGCACAGUGAAUUCCUGGUCAACCUCUCUAAUAGGCCAAUUUUGGAAUCAAUAAGCAAUUGAUGAGUUUGGGGUAAAGGAUGUCAUAUAACUGAUCCCUCUAGGAGGCUAACAUACUAAAUCAUUACAUGAACUGAAUGGUAUCCAUCUAUCUCUGUUCUAUUGAAUGCCUUGUAAACAGCCAAUACUGAAAACACUGUGAGAAUUUGUUUUCAGGUCUGACACCUUUCAGUUGCUUUUUAUAGCAAGAAACCAAUAUCCUUUUUAUAUAAACUCAUGUCUGUAUUUCAGGAGCAAACUCUUCAGGCUCCUUUUUUAUAAACUGGUGACUUUUCCUUUGUCUAAAAAACACAUGCAGAAAAUUUACCAAAAAAAUACAGAAGAAUAAUGUAGUUUAGAAAUCAUGCUGUCACUGCCAAACAGAAACCUCCAGGAGAAACAAAGUGAAUACCAGAGGCCAAUUCAAUAGAAUCAGUCUUUUGAUAGCUUUUUAACAGUUAUGCUUAUAUUAAUAAUUUCAAUGUGGACCAGGCAUUCUUCUUAUAUUUUAAAUGAAAUGUUAUGACAUAUUUUAAGCAACAGUUUGUAUCUGUAAUCCUAAUAUUUCAUACUGAAGACACAGAAUCCUUUCACUUGUCUUUAACAUUAGAAAUUAGAAAGGAUUUCUCUUUAUUAAGGACUGAUCAUUAGAAAUAGUUCUCAGUCUUUGAGAUACAGGUUCAUAUCACUGCUUUUAGUCUGUAAUCAUGACUCAUAAUGGUAAAGACAACUACAUUUAGGUAAAAAUCAUGCAUGCCAAUUCUGUGUUUGCUUUUUAGCAGAUAUAGAAGAUUUCCUUUAUUUCUUUGUAAUUGUUCGGAUAUUUUGAAAGAUGCAGCAUUUGAAACCAAGCUCUUGUUUGGCUACUGAAUGAUUUACAAUUGUCCCUCCACUCUAAAUGGAAUGAGCUUGCUGUGUGUGUGUGUGUGUGUGUGUGUGUGUGUGUGUGUGCAGCUGCUUCACAAUUAGGAAAUACUAUAGGACAACCCAACAUGGCUCAGUGGCAACUUGGUGGCAUUGCUGAUAUGCAAGUAAGAACACAGGGUGGAAGGAAUAGCUAGAUGCCCCUCAACACAUUUCAGAUGUCCUUAGUUACCAGAAACAUUUCUGGUUCAGGAGAAGUGAGAUGAUGCUAAUACUGGUUUCUGGUUAAACUUGUAAUUGGAGAGCCACAAAUUGCAAAGAUGUCCUUUUGCCCUUUCCUUUAUUUGUGAGUGGAUUUGAAACCAUUAAUCCUAUUUUACUUAGCCCUUAUUUCAUUCUAGAAGCUCAGGGUUUUUGUAGUCCCUGAAAGAACAGUUUGUAAUUAAUUGGGAAAAAUGGUACUUGGGAUUGGGGGGAUCUAAAUUUCAGGCUAGACUCCUACACAAGAACCCCAAUGGUCUUUCUCAAGAUCUCAUUUAACUCCAUAUAUUUAUUUGAAGAUGAGAAAAUGGAGACCUGGGCACAUUAAUGACCUGGUGGAAUGGUAGGAGCAGAAGAAAAAUCCAGGCUUUGUUAUGCCCAGGUUCCACACUAGCUCUCGGAACAUUUUCUUACUUGUGACAUAUGUGUCACCAGAAAAUACUAAACAUGAUUUCUUUAGAAUAAUUUUUGAUCCAAUAAUCCAAUACUCUCCUAUACCAAUAGUACAUCUUCCAUCUUUCUUUUAAUCCAUUAUAAGGAAUGUUUCUGUACUUCCACUUCAGGUGGGCUCAGUAUAAUUCAAAAUUCAAGUCUACAAUAAUUGUAUUUUGAAUUGGUCAAUUUUUAGUGCAAUUUUUUGUGCACAGUUGAGCUCCUUCACCCCUAUUAUUCACUACCAAAUUUACCCAAUCCAGUUUUACCACACCUGUUUCAUUGUGUUGACUUAUGCACAGUCAGAAAACAACAAAUCAGCAAGCAUUUGCCACCACUCAUCAUAACUUCUCCCUUCCUCUACAUACCCAUCACACACACAUACACACUCACACACAAACACACACACACACCCCAUCUUCUGCUUGUUCCUACCUCUUGAGUUUUCUUCCCUACACAACUAGAAAUAGAGACAAAGAAGAGGAAAUGUAUAUAUAUGAGGGCUGGGCUGAACAAGUAACUUCACAAGUAGUGUUAACUAGAGGUAAAUUGAGAGAAAAGCUCCUUUUCAUUGUUUUGGAAAGGAUAGCCAUUAGCAUGACUGCUUUGUGUCCUUAUGGACUUUAGUAUUAGCCUAGACUGAAGCAUAUAGUUUUUUAGCUGGAAGGAACCUUAAAAAUACAUCAUCUACUCCAAAUUCCUCAUUUUUCAGGCCAGGAAAUAGAGAUGCAGAGGUAAAAUAAUUUCCCUAAGGUCACACAGUUGGCCAAAGGCAGGGCUGGGAUUAGAACCCACAUCUUUUUCCUCUUAUUCCAGGGUCUUUCCCCACUAACCAGUAUUGCCUUCCACUAGGCUCCUGAGAAUUCUUUCCCAGGGUCACGUAGCAUCUUGGAGCCAUAUGCUGCUGUCCUGAUCUCAGUGGGAAAUCUACCCCAAACCUAAUAUGGUCCUUUCUCCCUACAUUCACAAGAUCUCCAUCUACAUGGGCUGCAGAUGUUCCCAGAGAGGGAAGAAUUGAGAACCAAUAAGAACAAUGAUCCGUCCAGCUCAGGGAUCACUGCCCCCACACCUUGAGGUGCCCCUCAAUAGACUCUAAUUUCCUGCUCUGUCAAAAUGUUAUGGAAGACUAACACCCCUAUCAGCUCACCUCAUGUCAUCUCAUACUUGCUGGCCUUCCCAGGCUAUAGGAAAGUUUCUUGUUUCUAAAGCAGGGAAAGCAGAAAGGAAGAAUAGAAUAAUAAUUUUAUUCAUCCUGACUUUCUGUAGUGGUUUUUCAAACUAGAGUGGCUACCAUUACUACUGGUAAUGAUUUCUUUUAAAAUAUGUAAGUAAGGGCCAGGGAUUUAGCUCAGUGGUUCUGGCGCCUGCCUUGCAAGCGCAAGGUCCUGAGUUCGAUUCCCAGUACCAAAAAAACCAAAACAACAACAACAACAACAAAAAAAACAAAAAAUAAAAUAUGUAAGUAAGACCAGCUAGAUAAAAUAAUUGGUCUUGCUGUGUUUGCCCUCAUUCACAGUGUCCCCAUAGCCAUCUUGCCCUAAUGGGGACAAUUUCCAGGUAUAACCAAGGGUUUGUGUAUAAAAUGUACCCUGGCUGAUGUUAAACACUGGCUCCUUGUAUUUUCACUAAAACAGCAAGCAUACCCAUUUUCUUGUGUACACUUCUCCUGUGGCCUUCCAUGGCAGAAGCCAGGGAAAAAAGGUCUUAGCAUGUAGUUUUCUCUGCAGCAAGUCUUCUCCAGAUCUAAAGUUAUUCAUCAAUUGAGUUCUAAGAGACUGCCUACUAGGCUUUUCCCACUCCUCAGGUAUUUCUUUCACCUUCCUGCUUCUUCUCCCCAGUCAGAAGUAACUAAAGAAUCUUAAAGGAAAUGUCAAGUUAUCUCUCAGAUUCUUCUUAAAAUCACCCCAUCUGAAUUUUAGACCAGCAAUUCAGUGCUUGCCUUCGACAGUAUUGUGUCUUCAUCCCUAAUGUCUAUAAUAUACCGUGUAGAAAUGUCCCUAGUCCCUUUCAGAUUUGAUUCUAAAUGGAAUUUCUUUAAACACACACACACACACACACACACACACACACACACACACACACACUUCCCUGAGAUGGGAGAAUAAGCCUGCCCAUAUCCUCCAAAUGAGCUCCAGCACAGUGAUGGGAAUGUUUCAAAGAAUCAUCCUACCUAAGAAACAUCUUUGUCAAGGGACUUCCCUAGACAAAAUCAGUGGGACAGUGUGGUGUGGGUGACCUGUUCCCUAUCUUUUUUCCAAAAGGAAGAAGAAAGGAAGCAAAAGUGACUGAAAUCUGUUUUGGUCACAUGGGGCCAUUUGGAUCCAUGACUAGGUCUCACUCAUGUUUUGCCCUCACUGCAUUACAAGAUUUGGAUUUUAGGCUUAGACUAAUUUCCUAAGUAAAUCAUCUGUGGUUUGCAGCUCAUCUGGGGCAAAGAAGGGGCUGGGAUCCUAUGCUUUGGAACAUGGAACUCAAAGAGGGCAAAGACUAAUGGUAUGUUAGGAGUGAUCUGGACCCUCUUUUGUAGCAAUGGAACCUUGGAAAUGGAGACUUUCCUGAGUCUCCAAUAUGGAAUUUAGAAGUUUUCACAUCCUCACCUGCCCUUUGAGGGCAGCCCCAUCUACUGUUGUGUAGCCCCAAUCCAUUGUUCUGUGAAUCCAUGCAGAUUUCCCUCUUCCUUGUAGGCAUGACUACUUGGAGCAAGAACAGUUCAUUGAUUCUUCAUGUCUACCUUUUGGUUGGAAAGGCACUGGGUUCUCUAGCUUUUGGUGGCCCAUACCAAGUAGACUGCUCUUUUACAGCCCUUAAAGGCUGCAGUUAUGUACUAAGACAAUAUAAGACAUUUCUUAAAAAUGAAUUUACAAUUUUAUUCUUCCUCUGUCUUGCAGAAAAUACUAUUAGAGUAUGUAAAAGCCUAGAGAUUCUUGUUACACCAUAGCCAAGGCACAAAUGUGGGGAGGAAAAUGAAUUUUUAAACCAACAGAGCACUGACUCCAGUGAAAAUCCUACUAUGGGCUGAGGCUGUCAGCAGCUCCUAGCCCCUUCCAUUUUUUUCUCAUCAGAAACUAGCAAACUCUUUCUCCAUAAGCCUGUCUUUCAGUAUGCCUGAGUAAAGAAUAUAACCCCUCCUGUUCCUUCAGGAGAAGGUGCCUUUCCACUCUAUCUCUCCUACCCUGGUUCCCAGAGCUCGCUUUCAUCCCCAGGGUCUAAUGUGAUCUUUACACCAGCCUCUUGGUGAUGCUUCUUGCUUGUUUUCUUUGUUAAAAAUCUAUGCACAUCUCAUACUUUGGCCAAGCUAAGUGUGGCAUUUAGCUCACAUUUGACAAGACUAAUUUUGUAUCCUUUAGUUUAUUGACUUCAACUUCUUCUGGGAUUAAAGGCAAUUGUUUCUUACCUUGAAUGCCUGGGGCUAGGUAUAGGGAGUAUAGAACUCCUUUUGGGAUUAAAACAUCUUCCUGUCCCCAAUUAGAAGGGCAGGUUAGUUGGGAGAGUUCAGAUGGCACAACAGAAGUCAAAACAAACACCUUGUAAACUAAGGCAGACUUGAAGGCAUAGAAAUGUAUUGUUUCUGGAAAAUAAUCCAAGGGAAUAAACGGCUUUUUGCCACUCUGCCUCCUAAGCAUCUCUUUUCUUUUCUUUCUCUAUCUAGUUCCUUAUAAUUGUUCUCUGUCUAUACUCUAUGUUAUCACUCUCUUUCCACAGUGCAGACAUCCACUCUUCAUUCUAUGCAAUUAUUAUCUCUUAAUUUUUCCUCUUUCUCCUAGCCUUGGCACUGAGGGUAUGCAUCUUCUUAGCCUGUGAUUUUGUCUUGGGAUUGAAGAGAAUUUAUUUUCAGAUUCAACCCACCCUGUUCCUAUCCCAUCCCAGUCAGAUAUAUAUUGCUGGGGAUCAACCCAAUCCUGGCCCUUUCUUCUUUGCCAUUUUCAAUCUCAGCCUAUCUUCUCAACCAUUUCCUUUAAGCUCAUGUAUCUUUGGGUUUUGUCCUUCCAAGCACUGUACAGAAUAUUCUGUGGUUCCUUUUUAGUCUGCCAUUUUGUGGAGCAAUGAAGGUGCUCACAGAUUGUUAGCUGAACAGAAAAAUCCAUCCACGAAUUCAUAUCAGCUAGAUGCUAUUAGUUGAUUUAUUUACUUUAGUCAUAGUUUAAAAAGCUGCACUAUAAUAUAAGGAGAGACUACAGGUAAUUGCUCCUGUCAUUUGGUUUGGCUGGGUUGCGAGUGGGGAAAAUGGAAAAAUCUGUUUAAACUUUUACCGCAACUUAUUAAAUAAGCUCCCUGUAAUAACCUUAUAUUUUGAGUUUACCAGCUGUUGAGUUUUUAAGAUAAAUUGGUCAGCAAUUGGAGUUUAUUUAAAUGAAAAUGGUAUUUAACCAAUCCAUACUAUACAAAGAAAUUCACUUAAUUGCAAUGUAUUUUUCCUUCAGUUAGGAUACUUACCUAAACAUUUUACUUUGACAACAACUGUUCAUGAUCCUGCACAAGCAGUUUACAUAUGAGCAAUUAGUUGGUCUAAAGAAACAGCUUCUAGGUGCUAAUUUUACAACAGACUCUAUAGCCUGGGAAUGUCAUUGCUUGGCAAUACCAUAUGGAAUGCCAAAGUCUCUAACGACUUUUCAUUUUAAGCUCUUUUAAAGGGGUUUGAGCAAGUAAGAGAUUAUGCCAGAAUGUCUCCAAUGGAUGGUCCUGUAAUAUAUUGCAGCUUGAAGCCAAUGAUCUCUUAUGACUUGUACACAACUAAUGCAUGUUUUGAUUGAAUUUUGCAUUCUUCACAUGCAGUAAGUUCUUUAAAACAUUUUUGGUCACAUUUUUGUGCCAUUAAUCUUGUACAGAAAGUGCUUUUCUGGCCAUUUUCAAAGAGGGAACGUUUAAAAUGGGAACAGCCCACCCUUUCUGCCCUAUAGCUGUAGUUAGACUUAAGUAACUGUAGCAAAACAGCUGUAAUUGGUGGUUGUAGUGUUAGAAGUGUUAGCUUGCUAGUGACUAGCUUUGGAGAGUAAAUGCAUGGUAUUAUACAAUCACAUUUCUUAAAUAACUCAUUUUAACCUCUGAAAAGAAUAUAUUCUUCCUUGUAGCCCCUCUUCCCUUUGCCCCUCUCUGCUCCCAGGUAUCUUACAAUUGUAAAUAACUGACUAACGGGCCAAUAAUUCUCACCAAGAAAAGUCAGCAAAGAACAAAUAAACCAAAAAGGGAGAGAAAGGCUUUUCUCAGCAGUCUCUCAGCAGUUAUUGACCAUUUCUCAAGGAAUGACAUGAUGAUCAAAAAUUCAGCUCCCCUCUGCAUCAAAAAAUCACUGCCAAAUUGGGAGUGUCUUUGGUCCUUGGAUUACAUUACAGAAUUGAAUAAUUCUCAGAAUUGCACAUAAUUCAAAGACAAUAGACAAUGAUGUCCCAGUAGUUUUGAGGAAUUUGGAGACAUCAAAAGGCUCAGCUUGAUCAAUGACCAAUACUUAUGUGAAACAAGAAAAGGAAAAGAAAAAAAUGCAACAAAUACUUAGGGGUUUUAGCCACCCCUUUAGAAUAAUAAUUAUAGCCAGAAACAGCAAGGACAUGAUGGGUUUAUAUGCAUUGCUGUCUAUUUCCCAGGUAAUGCCUAGCCCACUCUUAGACUGUGAUUCAAAGGCAAUAUUUCAAGGAGACAUUCUCCUUUUUGGUUUACUGUUCCCCAUUGGACUGGUGGGUUUGGUGAGGCCCAAGUAAACUGAAUGGAAAAAACCCUUUUAUUUCCUGUGCCUGGUAACAUCCCUCUUCCCUUUCCCCCUCCAUAAUUUGAUGAGGGCUCUUUGGUCAGAGGACUUCCAGGUUGUCUAGAGAAGUUACCCAUUUGUGUAAGGUGUUGUGAACUGUGAAUCCUGCAGAUAUGCGGUGUUCAACACUGGGCAGCCAAAGAGCUGCUCUUGCAAUCAUUUUGGCUCUCAACCCCCGUUCUCCAUAGCAUUCUCAUUUCUGUGUACAUUUGCAAGAUGUAUGUAAUGUGAUUUUCAAAAAAUAAACCUUGAUUUCAAUAUUUUUGGCUGAUAUU